UGUUUAAUAUUUUAUCGCAAUAAAAACAACAAUAUUAAUUAUCUUAAAAUUGUACUCUCCAAAGAUUCGCCUCUUAGCAACUAGACCUUUUUAAACUUUGAUGGAAAAUGCCUUUAGUUAUGUAACAAAUUCUCCGUCUAGUAUGCAAGGCGGAGAUAGCCGAUACAACAAACUCACACAAGCACAAAUGUUCCGCGAUGCCAACCCAGAUUUGGAAUUGGAGGUCAAAACUAAAAAAGUGACAGAGAGGAUUUCUGAGAGCAUGAACAUCAUUGCUAACGAGCCUUCACUUGCCUUCUUCCGGAUUCAAGAACAUGUGAGGAAGUGUUUGCCACAGCUGGCAGAAACGAAGCACGAGGUUCAGGAUAUACAACAGCAAGUGCAGGGGGCCUGUUUUGAUGCAGAAUAUGCAGCAAAUGCUGUUGAGAGCAUGCAUAAGAGUGGGGCACAUUUCUCCCAGAUCAGUGAGCUACUCAGGAAUUCUGUCUUCUUCAAGCAACAGAUUGACUUUGAGCAGGCAAGAAGAGAACAAAAAAAGAACAAUCCCAGCAUGUAUUCUACUGUAUCUUCCCCCGAUAUAAACCUUGCGGCUGCCCCUGGGACAGGGCCUGGAAUCCCCCCAGGGGGUAAGGCACAGACCUCUGGGCCCCAGGCAACCUGGUCGGGGGCGGGUGAAGCGGGUCAUGUCAGAGCACAUUGAAUAGCUCAGAUGCACCUGUGAAGCAGUUGGAAAACCUGCCUCAGAACCUCUUCUAUCAGGCGCCGGGAAAGAAUUGAGCUCUGUCGUCCAAACAUAAGACAGUGACUGUCCAAUUGAAGUGUUGUUAAUAGGAUAUGAGCCGGGCUUUGUGAAAAGGUGAUUUAAUGCAUGUGGGUAAAAUAUCUUCCCUGAUCAGCCUGUGUAGCCUUUGCCGACUGCACAUGCUAAUCUGGGACGACACUUUACCCGCAUGCAUUAAACCCCCUUUUCACAUAGCACAGCCCGUAUAUGUUUUGAUGUUUUGUAAAUUUGUCUGUUUUAUAUAUUAAAAAUUCUGCAUAAAGGGGAAGUUGUUUAUGUUUUAAGCUCAUCUAGCUGAGCUUGAUGACAAUAAUAGAGGCCAUGUUUUUCCUUAAAUCUUGAUUUAACUUUGCCAUAAUGUUUAUUGAACUACACCUUGGUAGAGUUCAAAUCCGGGUCACAUGUGUUAAAAAGCUAGGUCAUCAGGUCAAAGCAAAAAAGAAAGAAAAAAUUAUAAACAGUUUUAGAAGCCAUCAUGGCUCUCUUGUUGGUGUUUUCUUUUAAUUGGCAUGAGAUGUGAAAUUAGUUUGUCAACAAUCAUAGUCAUAUUAAGUAUGGUUCAGAGAGAAUAUUUGUUUAACUAAUUCACUUAUUCUUCUGUCUUUGAACACAAAUGAGCCUCAUUCUGUGAAAAUGGGGUUUAAUGCGUUUGGGUUAAGUGUUGUCCCACUAAUCAGGGUUGACUCUUUCUGCAUUUAUUGUAUUUUUCGUUUAAAAGGAGACUUUUUUCGACAAAAAUCCAGUUUGUGCGGAAAGUGUCGUCCCUGAUUAACCUGUGUUGCCUACACAGGCUAAUUUCUGACAAUAGUUUAUGCAAAGGCAUUGAUUAAGCCCCCUUUCCACAGAAAAACUGUCCAUUAUGCUCAAAGAUGGAAGAAUGCUUAAACAAUGUUCUGUCCAUUUGUUGGUUGCUUUCUGCUUUUGUAGAUCAUGUUAGGUAACGUUACUAUGUGUGCAAUAUUGUGAUAUCUAGUUUUUUUAUGCGCCCGGUAGGGUGGCAUAUAGCAGUUGAACUGUCCGUCAGUCUGUCUGUCUGUCAGUCUGUGCGUCCUUCCGAAAACCUUUACAUUGGCCAUAACUUUUGCAAUAUUGAAGAUAGCAACUUGAUAUUUGGCAUGCAUGUGUAUCUCAUGGAGCUGCACAUUUUGAAAGGUCAAGAUCAUCAUUCAAGGUCAAAUAUAUGGCUUCAAAGCGGCGAAAUAGGGGGCAUUGUGUUUCUGACAAACACAUCUCUUGUUUCAAAUCUAUUUCAUAUUUGAUGUAUUGUUACUCAAUAAAUGAAAUGUAAAAUUGGUA